GACUUUCUCCUGACAUUGGUAGAAACAUGUCCUCACCGUUCACACGCAAACCUCCGCCCUCGACGAUGUAAAUACUGUACAACGCGGACAGUAGCUGGUAAUACAGGAAGGCUCGCAUACUAUGAGGGCGUAUGGGCGGGGAGAAAGAUCUUAUUCCUCCAGGACUUUUUUCCUCUGCAGAGAAACAAACCUGGUGAUGUUUUAAAAGUAGGCGAGCAUGACGACAAUUGGCACACACAACAACUGUUGCCAGAAGAGGAAAAAGACGCUUCUUUGACAAUGAGGUACUAUGAGGACAGCAUCGCUUUUCUGGGACAAUGGGGACGUUUCCAAACAGUGGUCUUCUUCCUGCUCAGCGCCAGCAUCGUCCCCAACGGUUUCGGCGCCUUCAACCUCGUCUUCUUGACGGACAUACCGAGUCACCACUGUCGGGUACGUGACGUCAACCUCACGGAGGACUGGCAAAAAAACAUCAUUCCAUUCAAGGUGGUGGAUGGGAAACCGGAGCUGAGCAGAUGUAGCAGAUACAGGCUGGAUGUUGUCCGAAACCUUUCGGCUCAGGGAUUACUUCCUGACAAGGAUGUCAACCUCACAGACCUGGAGCAGGAGGCCUGUGUGGACGGGUGGAUCUACAACACAGACAUCUACCAAGCCACCAUAGUCUCUGAGUUUGACCUGGUGUGUGAUGAUGAGUGGAAGCAGCCCUUUUCAGCCUCAGUCUUCUUCUUGGGAAGUCUGUGUGGGUCGUUUAUGUCAGGACAGCUCUCAGACAGAUUUGGAAGGAAACCUGUUCUUUUUGUAACCAUUAUCCUCCAGACGAUUUGUACAUUUGCUCAGGUCUACUCUACUUCAUGGCUUAUGUUCACCAUCCUCCUCUUCAUCAAUGGUUUGGGGCAGAUAUCCAACUUUGUAGCCGCUCUCGUGCUGGGAGCUGAGGUCUUGACUGACAAAGUGCGAGUGCUUUACUCCUCGCUGGGCACGUGUUUUGGCUUUGCUCUCGGCUACAUGAUGCUGCCACUCUUUGCUUACUUUAUAAGGGACUGGAGAUAUCUGCUGCUGGCUCUGUCUGUGGUUGGCGCCGCCUACCUCCCCGCUUGGUGGUUAAUCCCAGAGUCUCCCCGGUGGCUGCUCUCUCAGGGAAGAGUGAAAGAGGCUGAAGCCAUCGUGAAGAAGGCUGCAAAAUGGAACAAACUUCAGACGCCUGCGAUCAUCUUUGAAGAAAGCUGCUAUAAUGAGACAAAGACAGACGUGAAGGAAAAAUACAAUGUCUUGGAUCUGCUGAAGAGUCAAGCCAGAGGCACAACGCUCAUUGUCAGCUUGGUGUCGUUCACUAUAACCGCUGGAUACUUUGGCCUCUCCUUUGACACACCGCAGCUCCACACGAACCCCUUCGUCAGCUGUUUCAUCUCAGCAGCUGUGGAGUUUCCGGCGUACGUCUCCAGCUGGCUAGCGCUGCUGUAUUUACCGCGGCGGCUGUCUGUCGUGGGUUCCCUGUUCAUUGGAGCGGUGCCGUUGUUUCUCAUUCAGCUGGUGCCUCAAGAACUUUCGUACCUGUCUCUUUCACUGGAGAUGUUGGGUAAAUACGGAUUUACCAGUGGUCUCUCCAUGAUGUUUGCCUACACAGCUGAGCUUUACCCAACGCCACUCAGGAACACGGCAACGGGGACAACUGGAACGGUUUCCAGAUUGGGAAGCUGUAUUGCACCGUUUAUGUUAAAGAUGAGAUUAUGGUUUAAGUAUCUUCCUUAUAUUCUGCUGGGGACUCUGUCCAUUCUAUCGGCCUUUGCUGCCUUCUUCCUCCCCGAAACGCUUGGACAACCUCUACCAGAAAACUUUGAACAGAUGCAAAGGGGAAAAGGGAUGAUGUGUCCAUGCGUCAAUGGGGGGAAAAAGAAAAGAACACAAAGAGUGGCCAAACAGUCAAAUAUAGCCUACAGUGUUUAGUGUCAAUCAUCAUAUACAUUGUCUUAAGGGACAAACCACUAUAUAAAGUACAUUAUUUGUAAGGCACCCAACAGGCAGUCUUGUAUAAUGUACCUGAAAGGUGAUACUGGAGUAAAAGUAUAAGUAGAAAAUGACUUUGGUAGAAGUUGAAGUCACUUUUUGUAAUCUCACUUAAGUGAAGUAAAGGUACUUGUCUAAUAUAAAAUGUACUUAAGUUUCAGAAGUUCAAGUAAAAUUAUUAAAAACAGUAAGGAUUGAGCCAUAGUAGCUCAGUGGUAGGGUGAGUUGUGGGUUCACAAUUUCUGAGUCUAAAUGUGUCCUUGAGCAAAGACACUAAACCCCCAUGUUAACUCUUCUGAUUUAACAUAGUUUGUAGUGGAGUAAAAGUUGCUACAAUUAUAAAUACCAAAGUCAAGUACAGAUACGUGGAAGUAUUUGUACUUUGUUACGUUACAGCACCGCUUACAGAGUAAGGAUAUAUUACUUAGGUCAAGAAAUGGUGCAGCUCGGUCACAAAGGGCUUUGUAGGUAAGAUAAGGUUUUUGUUUUUUUUCUGGAUUUUUUUCUGGAUAAUACAUAUAUGCUUUCACUGCAGUUAAGUUACUACUCAUUCUAUAGAAUGCUAAAUCAAACGGUGGAUCUCCACCAGAGUUAUAGACGUCCUAGUAAUAAGGAUUUUAAAGUGGUUCAUUAUACGGGUAACAAAUGUAUGUGUGGUUAAGAAAUUGUUACUGUUGUUUACUCAUUUUCCUGUGAUCGCUCAGACUCAUGUGUUCACAAAGGGAAAUCUCUAAUUUCUCUUUGUUUUUUUAUGUGGGCACUGAAAUCAUGACAGACAGGCCUCAUGUUCUUUAGCUUCCGUGUGUCCAUCUAUGCAUGUAUGCUCCUUACUGAUCUCUUAGCUCCAUGUUUAAGCCAGGACUAGUCUUUGCCUGACCUCUGGUGGUGGAUUUGAGGAAAUAUCUGUAAUAUCAGGGUUCUUUACAUACUUUAAUACACUGUCUUUGUUGUAUUGUAAUACCAACACUGCCUUUGCAUAAGCAACUCAACUGUAGUUAAAUUCAUCACUUUUACUUUUGCGCCUGAGGAUUUGUUUUGUUUUUUGUCUCCGCUCAGUAUAUGAGAUGUUUACACAAGAAGACCGUGACAAAAGGUCAUUCUGUUUACAUGCAAGUAAAACCAAUGCCAUCAUGAUGUUGACUGUUCAAAACACUAUUCACAUGAAGGACUUUAAAAUAAUAAUAAAAAAAAUGGUGUAUUAUUUCAAAAUAUAA